AAUUGUGUGCAUGGCUCGGCUGUACAGGAGGGUGGAAGGCAAAAUGGAUAUCAAAUAAGGGUAUCAAACCGAGAUCUAGAUGUUCCAUUUAAGUUGUUGUUCAUUAGCCACGCAGGAGGGGGGGAAAGCGUAUAACUUACACAUUCCGUGUAGGAAAAGAACAUUUAUUUUCGAUAGAUUUCUAUUUUUCUUCUCCAUAAAGACUGAAUUAGUGGUAUAGUGGAAAAUAAACGAAGGGGUUUCUUUACCCUCUUUUCAUUUUAUUAUUUACUAAUCAGACUUCAGCUCAGUUAGAUGAAAGAGAGAGGUUCUGUUGCCUAGAUGUGAGGUCUUUAGUGAGAAUCGGAGCCCUGGGGAGCCGAAAUCCAAAGUAGAACGAUGCUGCUCCGGCUCUUGCCAUUUCUUCAGUGGCUUCUUCUGCCUUUUCCAAAGGGCCUAGUGAGCAGGAACUAUCCAAGGUGCUAGGAGGCUGGCAGCCUUGCCGUUCAGUGCAGACGGAUUGCAGAAACAGAGAAGAAAGAUUACUGCUUAUUUCAGAAGAAUAUAAUCAAAUGAGGUACCUUAGCCAGCCUGGUGAUUGCUUCUGGUCUUGUAAUCAUCUGUGUAGCAAAGUGGGUAAAAUCAUUCAAUUUCUUCCCUGCUGGACCUGGAAGGCGAGGGACUGUGUGUUCAUCCCCACCCAUUAGCUAUGUCCUCUUUUCUCUGAAUGUCGAUUUAAGGAGCAAGCACCUGUCUUCUGCCACCGCAUCUUCUUAGCAAACUUUAAAGGCCAUUUUAUUUAAUAGGAAGGACAUCGGGAAUGCUCUGAUGUAGUGAUGAAGAAUCUGGGAGCCGGCACUUUUCCCAACCAGGUUAAAUGCACUUUAAUUGAAGAAAAACUGAACUGAACUACAAGUCCAUUUCUUAUGGUGCUGGAUCACUCCUACAGAACUGCCCUGGGAUCGGCCGCCAGAGAGGGCUCUGGCAGACACAAGUCACCUUCUGAUCAUUGCACUUAGCUGUCCCUGGGGACUUAAAUCUUGGAAGCGUUCUCUGUUACACGAUAUCCUCCAAGAUGAUGAGUUCUAAUCCUGAGGAAGACCCUUUGGACACAUUUCUGCAGUAUGUUGAGGAUAUGGGGAUGAAGGCAUAUGAUGGCUUGGUUAUUCAGAAUGCCUCAGACAUUGCUCGAGAGAAUGAUCGCCUGAGAAAUGAAACGAACCUGGCCUAUAUGAAGGAAAAGAAUGAAAAACGCCGAAGACAAGAAGAAGCAAUAAAGCGCAUAGGAGGAGACGUGGGGCGGGGCCACGAAGGGAGUUACGCGGGCAAGCACUUCCGCGUGGGCUUCAUGACGAUGCCCGCCCCCCAGGACAGACUGCCCCAUCCCUGCUCCAGCGGCUUCUCCGUGAGAUCACAGUCCCUGCACUCGGUCGGGGGCACCGAUGACGACAGCAGCUGCGGCUCCCGGAGACAACCGCCCCCCAAGCCCAAGCGGGACCCCAGCACCAAGCUGAGCACCUCCUCGGAGACCGUCAACAGCACGACCGCAGCCUGCAAGGGCGGGAAACCCCCGGAGAGGCCCGAAGUAUCAACCAAACCAAGACCUCACAGUGAUGAAUAUUCCAAAAAGAUUCCUCCUCCCAAACCGAAGCGAAACCCCAACACUCAGCUUAGCACGUCUUUCGAUGAAACCUACGUGAAAAAGCACGGGCCCCGGAGGACGUCCCUGACCCGGGACUCGUCCCUGUCGCAGGUGGGCAGCCCCGCGGGAGACCCCGAGGAAGAGGAGCCCGUGUACAUCGAGAUGGUGGGGAACAUCCUCAGAGACUUCAGGAAGGAGGAGGACGAGCAGAGCGAGGCCGUCUACGAGGAGAUGAAAUACCCCAUCUUUGACGACUUAGGCCAAGAUCCCAAAUGUGACCUUGACCAUCACAGUUGCUCUUCGCAGUGUGCUACUCCCACGGUGCCUGACUUGGACUUCGCCAAGUCCUCAGUGCCAUGCGCUCCUAAGGGACUGCUUUGCGACAUCCCCCCGCCGUUCCCCAACCUCCUUUCCCACAGACCCCCGUUGCUGGUGUUCCCACCAGCCCCCGUGCAUUGCUCCCCCAAUUCUGACGAGUCCCCGCUGACCCCCCUGGAGGUCACGAAGCUCCCUGUGUUGGAAAACGUGUCUUACAUGAAGCAGCCGGCGGGAGCGUCCCCGUCUCCGUCCUCUCUGCCAUCUCACGCCCCCGGCCACGCCAAGCUGGACAAAGACCAGCCCGGAGCCCUGGGACCCGCUUCCGCCGCCUCCGUGCUGUCCUCGUCCCCGCCGCCCCCCUCCACCCUGUACCGAACCCAGUCUCCCCACGGCUACCCCAAAAGUCACUCCGCGUCCCCCUCCCCGGUGAGCAUGGGGAGGUCCCUGACCCCCCUGAGCCUCAAGAGGCCUCCGCCCUACGACGCCGUGCAUUCGGGGGGCAGCCUCUCCAGGAGCUCGCCGCCAGUGCCUCACUCCGCCCCCAGGCCCGUGUCGCAGGACGGGGCCAAGAUGGUCAACGCCGCGGUCAAUACCUACGGGGCGGGGGCCCAGGGCGGCUCUCGCUCCCGAACGCCCACCAGUCCCCUGGAGGAGCUGACCAGCCUCUUUACCUCAGGACGCAGCCUGCUGAGGAAGUCGUCCAGCGGCCGGCGCUCUAAAGAACCCGCCGAGAAAUCCACAGAGGACCUGAAAGUCCGAAGCCACAGCACGGAGCCAUUACCAAAGUUGGACACCAAGGAGAGAGGCCACCAUGGGGCAUCUUCCUCCAGAGAGCCUGUCAAAGCUCAGGAAUGGGAUGGAACACCGGGUCCACCUGUGGUCACCAGUAGAAUGGGCAGGUGCUCUGUGAGCCCUACCUUGCUGGCAGGAAACCACAGUUCAGAACCUAAAGUAAGCUGCAAAUUAGGCCGGUCCGCAUCGACAUCAGGUGUGCCUCCUGCAUCGGUCGCUCCUCUCAGGCAAGCCGGUGACCUGCCACAGAGCCAGGUGGCAUGCAUGCAGUGGUUUCAUGGAGAUCAUACAAUGCUUGAGAUGAUUGAGAAAAAGCGUUGCUUGUGCAAAGAAAUAAAGGAUAGACAGAAAACGGAAAAGGGCCUUUGCAAACAGGAUAGCAUGCCGAUCCUGCCCAGCUGGAAGAAGAACGCAGGUGCAAAGAAGUACAGCCCUCCCCCCUACUCUAAACAGCAGACGGUGUUCUGGGAUACUGCCAUAUGAGUGUGUACAGGACAGCGUGAGCUCCACAUUACUCAGUAUGAAGAGGGAGGUCGACUCAGUCCUGUGAUAACUAACUGCUCCGUGUCUUCUCUGUUGAAAUGGAAUGCCCUGGGAAGCUGUGCCUACCCAUGGCAAGUUCAAGAUAAAAUGUCUGUCUAUGUCCUUGCAAUGAAGGCCCACCUAUUUAUCCCAGAUUAUUUUGAAUCCAGAAGAUAUUAAAAUGUAAAUAUUUUACUAGUUUAUGGGUGACACCUGAAAUAAUACACAUAUACAUAUAUAAAUCACAGAAAUAUCAAGAGUUUACUAUAAGAUAUAAUUUCGGUAUUAACUGGUUUGUUAUCUCUUUUAUAUGUAAUCCCUUGAUGCCUUUUAUUAUUAAUUUUUGCAUUCAGAAAGGUUUUUGUUCUUUCCCUUGCCCACAUUUGGCUUCUGUACAAGAGCUCGCAGCUACAAAUCAUG